ACUUUUACUGUGAAGAGUAGUCUUGUCCGUCGUGGGCGUUGUCACUGAGUGGAGCUUCACGACGCCUGGAUCAAUAAAUGUAGCUGCUAACAUGAAAGCACAUUUUUAGUCAGAGCUAUGGGUGCUGCUGUCAGGCUGUCCUGCCUGUUUUUUUCUAUGUCCUCUUGUUAAGUGAAGACUCUUUGCUGAGAUUACAUCACUGUCAGGGUGAUGUCCGCCCAGCCUCUGCAGCAGUACGGAGAGGAUACAGCAGCCUGCUAACUGAGCCAGCCCGGCUAGCUGAUGCUGAUGACUGGCUGUUUCCUGACAUUGAUUUGCAGGUAGUGGGAGGCACGUACCAUGGCCGGUAAGGUGAAGUGGGUGACAGAUAUUGAGAAAUCUGUGCUCAUCAACAACUUCGAGAAGAGGGAAUGGACUCAAGUCACAGAAAGCGACGACUGGAAUUUCUACUGGAUGAGCAUCCAGACCAUCAGAAAUGUCUUCAGCGUGGACACCGGCUACCGCCUGUCAGAUGACCAGAUGGUGAAUCACUUCCCCAACCACUACGAGCUGACCAGGAAGGACCUGAUGAUCAAGAACAUCAAACGCUAUCGCAAGGAGCUAGAAAAGGAAAGCAGUCCGCUGGCAGAGAAGGACGAGAACGGGAAAUACAUUUAUUUAGAUUUUGUCCCUGUGACGUUCAUGCUCCCGGCCGAUUAUAAUCUCUUUGUGGAGGAGUUCCGCAAAAACCCGUCCAGCACAUGGAUCAUGAAGCCCUGCGGGAAGGCUCAGGGCAAAGGCAUCUUCCUCAUCAACAAACUGUCCCAGAUCAAAAAGUGGUCCAGAGACAGCCGCACCUCCACCUUUGUAGCAGCAGCUAGUGGCAAAGAGGCCUAUGUCAUCUCCCUGUACAUCGACAACCCUCUGCUGAUAGGAGGGAAGAAGUUUGACCUGCGACUCUAUGUUCUGGUGACCACAUAUCGGCCUCUGAAAUGCUACAUGUACAAGCUCGGCUUCUGUAGGUUCUGCACAGUGAAGUACACACCCAGCACCAGUGAGCUGGACAACAUGUUUGUUCACCUGACUAAUGUGGCCAUCCAAAAACACGGGGAUGACUACAACCAUGUCCAUGGAGGCAAGUGGACGGUCAGUAACCUCCGUCUGUACCUAGAGAGCACCAGAGGGAAGGAGGUGACCAGCCGACUGUUUGACCAGAUCCACUGGAUCGUGGUGCAGUCGCUCAAAGCUGUGGCUCCCGUGAUGAACAACGACAAGCAUUGUUUUGAAUGUUACGGGUAUGAUAUCAUUAUCGAUGACAAGCUUAAGCCGUGGCUUAUCGAGGUCAACGCCUCGCCCUCGCUGACCUCCAGCACAGCAAACGACCGCAUCCUGAAGUACAACCUCAUCAACGACACCCUCAACAUCGUCACACCCAAUGGGGAACUCCCAGACUGCCGCUGGAAUCGCAGCCCGCCCCGAGAGGCCCUGGGCAACUAUCAAGUCCUGUACGACGAGGAGCAGGCGCAGAGCGAGAAUGCGGAGCGCGAGCUGCGGAGCCGCUCAGGUCAAUCCCUCGGGUCUAAGGGCACCAAGGGCAGCGCCGGCGUUCGGCCCGCUGCUGCAACCUGGAAGUGAGGUGAUACCGCUGACUCUUAAAGACUUCCUGAGCAUUUUUACAGGGUCCAACUGUGGGGCCACAGUGGAUACAAAAAGAGCACAGACUUCUUUUUUUUUUUUUAGCCUGACUAUUUUGAGGACUCUACUUUUCAUGACCGAGGGCACAAGAGGGGCAAACAAACGUCACUGCUGGACAGGAGGGAAAUCAACGUCGUGGUCGUAAAUUUGGAAGGUUUAAAGGGUGGAGUGUGUGGCUCUUUGUAUGAAUGAGUAACUCAAAAUGUGGAAAUGAUGUUGAAGGGGCUGAAGGUCAAACUUCCCCAGCUUAAAGCCCCCUAUAAAUGAUUUUAAAAAAGGCCCCCGCACUUUAGGAUUGAAAUCAGAAAGGGGAGAGGGAGCGGGAGUACUGCAACUACACAAAUGAAGAAUGUUCUCUGUUAUAUACAUGAAUGACAUUUGAAUCUCACAAGAAGGAGGAUUUUAAGAACCUGAACUAUGCAUGAUGAAUGAGUCCUUAAACUUUAACUUGACCCACACAGGUGCUAGAAAGAAUGAAAUCUGAAAUACGUUAUUUAGAGGGAAGAGAGUUGACAUAAGACUAAUGCAAAAGGUGUAAAGAUAUAGUUUACAGAUAGGACGUAUUGGAAGAAAUAAAUAUAUUUAGAAUUUAAUAGUGUUUUUUUUAUAGUGCUAAUCAGUAUGUAUGGGGUGGGGAUUGGGGGGGGUCAUUAAUAAGAUUGUAAUGGCUGCUGAUUGCACUUUAUUUCUUUAUUUUUGCUUUGAUAUCAAAGGCUAUCCCAUGUUUGAGUUGGACUAUAUUUAUUGCACAUUAAAAUCUUAAGUAAU